AUGGCUAAUGAUUCGGACCAUUCGGUUUUAGAUAUGCAACCAUUGCAACGGCAACUAGAACAACGUGCAAUCAAAAUCUUUUGGGACUUGGGAGUUGGGACUUGGGAGGACCAAGUAUCAAUAGCUAGAAGGUUAGAAAAUAUGAUUCUAGAUGUCAAAAACGUAAAAAAAAAGAAAAUAAUUGAAGAGAUAAUUCAAUCUCAAAAGGGAUCUCUUGAUAAAUUUGUCUUAAAAGAAGGUCCGUCUUCUCUUGACAAUGAACAUAUUGAUAUUAAUUUGGAUGAUGCUUGUGUUGAUGCUAAUGAAAAUCCUACCAUGGUGAAUUUAGUUGGCACUCUAAAUGACUCUCAUGAGGAUUUGGCUACUUCUAAUGAUGUUCCUGAUAUAAAUGCUAAUAAUGCUUCUAAUGAUGGUCCUGAUGCUACUAAUGGUAAUGAUGCUACUAAUGUUGAUGAUGUUUUUGUUCAUUUUGAUAUAUUUGAUCCAAGAAAUUGGGAUGCAUUAGAUUCUAAAAUGAUUGAUGUGUUAGUUGCUAAGGGUCCUAAAAGAGAUUUGUCUGUUCAGAAAGGUCCUAAAGAUAAAUUGUCUAAACGUUUUUUAUAA